AGGAGGAGGAGGCGGCGGCGGCAGAGGAGAAGAGGAGAGGAGAGGAGAGGAGCCAAAGGACAAAAAGUGCGGACCGCAAUGGAGACGAGCUAACCGCAGCCCGACGAGGACGACAGCGAGACAUGCGGGGGGAGCACACGCCUCUUUAGCCUCCAACACACCUCGGUGGUCAUUUUGGAAGACCACCUUCCAAUCUUCAGCCGCAAGAGACAGAGGGGACUUUUUUUUUUAUUUAAGACAAAAGUUUACGGUGCUCGGUGCAGACGCGGCGGCUACACGAUGCGUGCAAGCCGGACAAAGUGGUUCGCAUCGACCGCGCUGCUAAUCCUACUGGCCGCUCGCUGCUCCUCAAAUCGUAUCUCCCUGACAGAGCAACAAGCAAACCAGUUCCUGAGCAGACACCGGAGAGCUAAUCAAGUCUUUGAGGAGACCAAGCAAGGACACUUGGAGAGGGAGUGUGUAGAAGAGAAGUGUUCCAAGGAGGAGGCCCGGGAAGUGUUUGAAAACGACCCCGAAACUGAGUACUUCUACCCCAAGUAUUUAAAUUGUUUGGAGAAGUUUGGAGGUUCACUAAAGAAGAAACCAGAUCUGAUCACAUGCGUCCACAACAUUCCGGAUCAGUGCUCGCCUUCCCACUGUCACGCCAGAGGAAGCGUGCGCUGCGAGGACAAAAAGGGUGCCUUCCUCUGUCACUGUUUUUCAGGUUGGACGGGGGACCUCUGUGAUCAAGAUGUUGACGAGUGCAACAAGAGCAAUGGAGGAUGUGACCACGAGUGCAGCAACACCAUGGGAAGUUACCACUGCUCCUGCCAGCCAGGUUACAUGUUGCGAGGACAUCACAUGUGCGUUGACGUGGACGAAUGUCAGGAUGUUGUCGACGUUUGCGGAUCAGCUCACUGUGAGAAUAACCAGGGAGGCUACCAAUGUCUCUGCGACCCUGGCUACGUCUUUGACAAUGAGAGCAAGAGUUGUGUGGACGUGGACGAGUGCGAGGCCAGCGUGUGCGCCGAAGAGUGUCUCAACACUUUGGGGAGUUUCCGCUGUUUGUGCGACGGGCGUCAAGGCAGGAAGCUGGAGCGGGACCUCAGGAGCUGUAAGGCCAUAACUCCGUGUAUGAAGCCGGCUCUGAAAAGGAAUUCUCGCUCUCUCUAUCUGGGACGCAUGUUCAACGGCUUGCCGGUGAUGAGGCUGCGCUUCCGUCGAAGGAUUAACACCGGUUUUUCCGCAGAGUUUGAUUUCCGGACCUACGACCCGGAGGGCGUGAUCUUUUUUGCCGGCGGCCACCUGAACAGCUCCUGGAUCGUGCUGGCAAUUCAUCAUGGGAGACUUGAGUUGCAGCUGAAAUACGGCACAGUCAGCAGAGUCACCAGCAGCGGACCCGUCGUCAACGACGGCCAGUGGAGGAAGAUUUCAGUCGAGGAGCAGGGGCGGAGUCUCGUGAUUAAGAUCGACAGGGAGGCCGUCAUGAAGAUCGCCGUUAACGGGGAUCUCUUCACGCUGAAGAAGGACAUGCAUGAGCUCAACCUCACCGUAGGAGGAGUCCCCUUUAAGGAGAGCAGCCUCGUCAGCAAGGUGAACCCGCGUUUGGACGGCUGUAUGAAGGAGUGGCGCUGGAUGACUGGAGAAGACAGGUCCAUGCAUGAAAGCAUCAUGACCAAUGAGAACAUUCAGUGUUUCAGCACCGAGAAUCCCGGCGCGUAUUACCCCGGCACGGGCUUUGCGCUUUUCAACAUUAGCUACGAGUCCCAGAACCUGAGUGUCCAGUUGACCCUGUAUCCGACGACUGCCAUCGGGGUGCUCUUCGCUAUUGUUCGUGAAGACACCGUCCCCCUUUCUAUCGCUCUGGCCGACUAUCACCCUGGCAUCGAUGAGUGGAGAGACUUUGUUCUCGUAACGGCGGGUGACGUCAUCCUCGCCAGCUCACCGGCGCCCCUCUGCGAUGGCGAGAGUCAUGAAAUCGAAGUGAAGAUCUCCGGGAACCGCACCCAGCUCUUUAUCGACGGCGAGCCUGGACGGAGCCAAGAUGCAGAGGUCAACCUUCUUUCGCCGUCCAGGACCUUCAUCGGAGGUCUUCCCGAUGAUGUCCCGCUGGUCUCCACACCGGUGUCUGCGCCAUUCAGUGGCUGCAUGAAGGUCACCGUGAACGAGCAAACUCUAGACCUGGACCAGGCCCUUCAGAAACACAACGACAUCCGCUCCCACUCCUGCCCCCUGCUGGAUUCUAACCAGUGACCUUGCAACAAUGCUCUCUGCCAAUCCAGAUCAAACCUUGAGGAGAGAGGAGACUUCUUCGAUUUAAAUAUCAUGAAAUGUAAAGCAGGUGUGGUCCUACCGGGCCCUCAGACCCUUUUUUUUUUUUUUCUCAACUGUGACAAUGAUGCUUGCUGCCUGGAGGCUCUAGCAAGGACUUUUUUUUUUUUUUUUUUGCAUAUUCUAAGAAAAAUAAUCCAAAUCCACUUCAGCGAGGCUCGAUUAUGCUCCUCUUGCUUAUUUCAACUGUGACCCAAAGCAGAUUACGUUGAUUUCCGACCGAGCAAGGGUUCAUUCCAUCCACUCAUUUUGAAUAUUCUAAAAAACCUUUGCACAUAGUUGCAGGUAGAUAUGGCGUGUAACAUGAAGCCAUCUUCAGAAGCUCAUCGGCACCUACUCCAUGUCUACCUGCAACCUUGAAAAAAAAAAAAAAUCUACCUUGUGCCUACUUGAGCGCUCUGAAAACAGGCGAACUCUGUCACGUCACGAUUUGGCGACACGUGUCGACUCCGCUUGUGCACCAAGGUCUCGAAUCUCGAUCCUUCAGAGCCAAUGCUAAAACGGCCGUCAUCUAGUCCGACAAUGACAUCACGAUGGAGGAAGAGGAGGCUGCAGAAGUGAACGACCACUGUAUCCAACGUACCAUACAAGCUACUGAACGGAAAACUAGUGCGCUGUAUUAUACUAAGUGUGUAAAUAAUGUGACUUGUACAAUGCUUGAUAGAAGGAGCGAAACUCGACCGUACGUACUCACUGAGGAUAUCUUUGCAUCAAAGUUAAAUAACACUUAUAGGCUCAAUUUAAUGUUCUUCAUACAAAAUAAAAUGGGUUUUCCCGUAAAUGGGAUUAAAAGCAAUAGUCAGAAACUUGGUUAGAAUUUCACAGAAUCACUGUUUAAUUGUUCAUUUGGUAAAUGCUGAAUAAACCGAAAAAGGAAUGUUGAGACUGAAAAGCUUUUUUUUUUUUUUUGUCCAAAAGUGUUAUUUUUUCUUUACUUUGGUGUACCGUUGUCAAGUUUUGUCAUGAAUGAAUGCAUUUAAAAUUAUUAUUUUUUUUUUUUAAUCAUGUGAGAUAUGUUGUGAUGUCUGAUGAUUUUUGUUUUAUCAGCUCAGUGUCCAAUGGGACAAUUAAGUUUUAAUCUUCCAGGCUGAGAAUUGUAUUUAAAAGCAAAAUAAAGGAUUCAAUGAGCA